AUGGAGAAGGGUAGCCCGGCCGGAAACCCUCCGCCAAACGAGCCUGGGCCCCCGCCUCCGGCCCCGGAUCCGGCGCCCGUCUCGACGCCUCCACCGUACUCCGGCCCGUCGACGGGUGACCUGCAUCGCCGCGAAGAGCAGCCCGACACUCCCAAGGGUCCUGUGCGGUACCCGGGCUUGCCUAGGCUCGACUACAAGCUGUACUCCCCACCGCUCUUCAAAUUAUCCUCCGACUCAACCACCCUGUCGUCCAAGGCCGAAUACCUUUCGACUAACCCGGCUGCUCUGGCCGCCCUCAUCCGAGCCCAGUCAACAGUUCCCCCGAAGCCCCAGAUCCAAGUCCGCGGCACCCGUGGCCGUCGUGUCGAUUUCGACAUCAAGCUUAAUCUCAUGAGCCUCCUCGUCCCAGACGACGAACGGCACCGCAUCGACUACAUCCGCUGUGUGGGUGACGGCGAGGUUGGUUAUCGGGGAGGUGUGCGUCCCGAUGUCCUGCCCGAGGUCGGCGAUGGCGGCCUCGAUGAGUGGUGUCGUCGCUUCGCCCAGGAUACAGCCGCCGUCAAGUACUUCGCCCUUGACCGAGUUGUCGCCAACCUCGACGUCGCCUGGCUCGAGGGCCAACUACGGAGCCUCGUGGCUACGCUCAAGUAUAAGGGCACUGUUGAUGUAACCUUUCUCGUCACUCACAGUCGUGUUUUGAUCCAGAACCCGGACAAGGUCAACCAGUUCUUCACAACUGUCGCCAGCCUUUUCUCUGGCAAGAAUAAAUACGAGGUCAAUUAA